AUGGACGUUUCUCAAGCUAUUGCGGGCUAUGUCUCCCGUGUGGUGGCCCCGGGCAGCGACGCUUUAUCUGCCCCAGCUUCCUCCUCGAAAAUGAAGACACUGUUGCUGGACAGGGAAACAGUCUCAAUCGUGUCCACCGCCGUGACACAGUCAUCCUUGUUAAACCAUGAGGUCUAUCUCAUAGAUCGCCUAGACAAUGCCUCGAGAGAGAAAAUGCGCCAUCUGCGCUGUCUUUGCCUUGUCCGGCCUUCCCCGGAGACGAUACAGCUUCUGAUUGACGAGCUGCGUGACCCUAAAUAUGGCGAAUACUACCUCUAUUUCACCAACGUGGCCAAGAAAUCGGCUCUUGAGCGAUUAGCUGAGGCUGAUGACCAUGAGGUUGUCAAAUCAGUUCAGGAGAUCUUUGCCGAUUAUGUUGUUGUCAACCCUGACCUCUUCUCGCUCAACGUCGCACUGCCACAGCGCAAAAUCUGGGCUGGUAGUCCUGAUACCUGGAAUCCAGACACACUCCAGCGCUGUUCCGAAGGCCUUAGCGCUGUCCUCCUAUCUUUGAAGAAAAAGCCGUUGAUCCGGUACCAGAAAAGCAGCCCGCUAACGAAGAAACUGGCUGCUGAGGUGCGGUAUCUCAUGUCUCAGGAAGAGCAACUGUUCGAUUUCCGAAGAGUUGACACACCGCCUAUUCUUCUUAUUCUGGACCGCCGUGAGGACCCAGUCACGCCCCUUUUAACGCAGUGGACAUACCAAGCCAUGGUCCACCAUUUAUUGGGCAUACAAAACGGACGCGUGGACCUCAGCGACAUCCCAGAUAUUCGACCAGAACUGAAAGAAAUUGUUCUGUCUCAAGACCAAGAUCCGUUCUUCAAGAAAAACAUGUACCUCAAUUUCGGCGAUUUAGGUGGCAAUAUCAAGGAAUAUGUCGAGCAAUACCAAUCCAAAACAAAGAACAAUGCGGACCUGGAAUCCAUAUCUGAUAUGAAGCGGUUCAUUGAAGAAUACCCCGAGUUCCGGAAAUUGUCAGGGAACGUUAGCAAACAUGUUACACUUGUAUCGGAAUUAAGUAAACGUGUCGGUGCAGAGAAUCUGCUGGAAGUGAGCGAGGUCGAGCAGAGCCUGGCUUGCAACGACAACCACAGCACUGAUUUAAGAAACAUUCAACGGCUUGUAGAAAAGCCUUCAGUAACUCCAGAGAACAAGAUCGGCCUUGUUGCUCUGUAUGCCCUUCGAUAUCAAAAACACCCACAGAACGCAAUUCCAAUGCUCGUUGAGCUACUUACUGCCGCUGGAGGGGUGCCAAGCCGACAGGCUGAUCUCGUUAACUACGUUUUGACCUACCACUCAUCUCUGCACAGCUCUCAAGCACAGGGAGGAAUUUCUGAUAUUUUUGAAUCGGCCGGCAUCUUCUCCAACGCCUCCAAGGGUUUCAAGGGCUUGAAAGGUGUAGAAAAUGUUUACACACAGCACAGUCCUCUGCUGGAAACAACGUUACAAGACCUAGUCAAGGGGAAACUGAAGGAGCAGCAGUAUCCUUUUGUCGAGGGAGGUGGAUCCACGAAGGACAAGCCUCAAGAUGUUAUUGUCUUCAUUGUAGGAGGAGCAACUUACGAAGAAGCAAAGAUGAUUGCAGGGAUAAAUGCUUCUAUGCCGGGCGUUCGCGUUGUUUUAGGUGGCACUUCGAUUCAUAAUUCAGCAACAUUUUUGGAGGAGGUGGAGGAAGCAAGGCAUGCCAUGCAAGCCUUAUUAAGGUCGAGGUUGGUUCGGCUGCCACACCGGGGAUAUGUGCGACAUCCUCUCCGUGCCCAGCGCUCAUUAGCCACAGUCUCCGACGACAAUAGACCGUUCGAUGUCGUCGUGAUUGGUGGUGGUCAUGCUGGGGCAGAAGCAUGCGCCGCAGCAGCCAGAACCGGUGCCAGAACAGCCCUCAUUACACCCAAGAUCGAAAAUCUCGGGACUUGCUCAUGCAACCCAAGUUUUGGUGGCAUCGGAAAGGGGACGAUAAUUCGCGAAGUAGAUGCUUUGGAUGGCCUGGCUGGUAGGAUCAUUGAUAAGGCCGGUGUCCAGUUCCACGUUUUGAACCGAAGCAAAGGACCUGCGGUUUGGGGCCCUCGAGCACAAAUCGAUCGGAAACUGUACCAGAAGCACAUGCGCGAAGAGCUGGAGUCAUACCCGAACCUGUCAGUCGUUCUCGAUAGUGUAUCCGACCUCGUACUUGCAGAGAACCAAGAUUCCGAAACUGAAGGACAUCGAUCCAAAGUUGCUGGAGUUCGUCUCGAAUCCGGCCGCACGAUACCAACUACUUCAGUUGUCAUUACGACAGGGACAUUUCUGGGGGGCGAGAUCCACAUCGGCUUGCAAGCAUAUCCAGCCGGCAGAAUUGGCGAGGCGGCGACCUUUGGGUUGAGCAAGUCUCUCAAGGACGCCGGUUUCCAAAUGGGCCGACUGAAAACCGGGACCCCGCCGCGACUAGACAAAGCUACGAUAGACUUCGGUACACUUCAACCGCAGUUUGGAGAUGACCCUCCCACGCCGUUCAGCUACUUGAAUAAUCAGGUCGUGGUGAAGGACCAGCUCUCGUGUAGCAUCUCGUAUACAAGUCAUGCCACUCACGAAAUCAUUCGCCAGAACCUCGACAAAACUAUCCACAUCCGGGAAACCGUCAAAGGACCAAGAUAUUGUCCUUCAUUAGAAGCCAAGAUAAUUCGGUUCCCCGAGAAAGCUCGCCACAUUGUCUGGCUUGAACCAGAAGGCUUUGACAGUUCCGUGAUAUACCCCAAUGGGCUGUCAAUGACGGUACCCCCAGAAGCACAAGAGGCUAUUUUGCGCAGUAUUAAGGGUUUGGAGAAUGUCACAAUGCUCCAACCUGGGUAUGGUGUGGAGUACGAUUAUGUUGACCCACGUUCGCUUAAGAGGACACUGGAGACCAAAUUCAUCGGUGGCUUAUAUCUAGCCGGGCAGAUUAACGGAACUACUGGAUACGAGGAGGCUGCAGGCCAGGGCGUUUUGGCCGGUAUUAAUGCCGGCCGAGCUGCUACUGGACGACCCGGCGUGUCACUUUCUCGUUCUGAUGGCUACAUUGGAAUUAUGAUUGACGACUUGGUGACGAAGGGAGUGACGGAGCCUUACCGAAUGUUUACCUCGAGAAGCGAAUUUCGUAUGGCUGCCAGAGCAGACAACGCAGACUUGAGGCUUACCGAAAAGGGUCGAAAAUGGGGGGCUGUAUCGGAUAGGAGAUGGACGGCAUUCAAUGAUGAAAGGGACCAAAUGAACAACCUCACACAAGCACUUGAGGCUGUGUCCUUGAGCUCGACUCAAUGGGCCGAGAAGGGUUUCGAAUUAAGGAAAGACACCCGCCGCCGAACAGGUAUAGACCUCCUUCGAUCAUCACUAAGCAACACUGUUGGCAACUGGAUCCCAAUGGACCGCCUCACCUCAGUAUUACCUGAAAUCGCUCAAUUCCCGGCUCGUGUAAGGCAGCGGGUGACGAUCGAAGCUACCUAUGCACCUUAUAUAAAGAUGCAGGCGUCAGAACGAUCCAAAUUCAUGAACGAUGAGCAGAUCCUCCUUCCCACAGACUUGAACUACGACACUGUUCCGGGCCUUGCCAUCGCAGAGAAGCAAGUGCUUAAUGCAACUCGCCCGGAAACUCUGGCCCAGGCUCGACGUGUGGAGGGAGUCACUCCUGCAGGGAGCAUAAGGCUCUUGGCAUAUGUUAGGCGCUAUGGGAUCGCUUCCUCUCCGUCGGAGCUGGAAGCCAUUCUUUGA